AUGGGGACUCUUCAGACUGUCGCCCUUGUCGUUUUGAGCAUCUCGUUAUUUGUGUUUAUUGCUCUAUUUGGUCGACUACCGGCAUUUCGUAAAACGCCUAUAGCCUUCUUACAUCUGGCACUCACUACAUACAUACCGAAUGGAUUCGCUUUUGUUGACUCUAGCUUGUUUGGUGGGCUAUUAAUCCGAGUGUUAACUCGGAUGGGCAGCUAUAUUCUGCACGACAACCACCCAUUAAUACUGUUAUUCUUUAUAUCUUUGCUUUCAAUAGGCCAGUGCAUCUUUCUAUCUACAGCAUGGCCUCGAUUGUCAAGCGUACACCAAUUCUGGGUACCGGCUGUGGUCAUUCUGCCAUAUCUUCUUCUUUACAAGUGUGUAGUGACAAAAUCAUUUAUCACACGAGAAAACCACGACCAAGAAAUGGAACGGUAUCCCUUUGAUCGUGUCCUGUUCCACCCAGGAAGACAUUGCAACACCUGCGACUUGCCCAAGCCGGCACGCAGUAAGCACUGCAGCUUCUGUCGGGUAUGUGUCUCGCGACAUGAUCACCAUUGCGUGUGGCUCAUGAAUUGUGUCGGAGCUCAUAAUUAUGUUUACUUCCUGUCUCUGUUACUAUCUUUGUCGAUUCUACUGAUAUAUGGAACCACACUUGGCUACUUUCUCCUCUGUCAGACCCUUCAAGACAUGAUUCCGGCAAAUGUGGACAUGAAACUGCAAGCCUGGGCAACCUAUAUCGCUAUUUGGGGAGACGUGAUCUCGAGUGAUCCAAAGAUCGGAUCCGUCACUCUACUCAUGUUGAUGACAGCCCCGCUAGCAGUCGCAUUUCUGAGCUAUCACACAUACCUCGUUUGGGCUGGCAUGACAACCAAUGAGAGUGCCAAAUGGUCCGAUUUGAAAGAAGACAUUUUUGAUGGAUUUGUCUACAAGGCAAAUAGAUAUCAGAUAGAUGGUCCGCCGCCUUAUUUUGACCUCAGCGAUCGACCCUGGCCUGUCCAAAGUGAUCAAGUCUUGAUCACUGACGAAGACCCUCCUAUGGAAGGGUUUUUUUUUGCACGCCAAUCGAAUCGGAUCUUUUAUGAUAGAGAUGGCGAAGCAGAUAUCGAUCCAUUAUGGACUCAACUCCAUAGCAUGAGAGAUGUCGAUAAUAUCUAUGACUUAGGAUUAUGGAAUAACCUAAGAGAAGCAUUGGGAUUCACUGUCCGGCAGAAGUACCAAGAUUCAAAGCCAUUAUGUACACCAGCAGAGCUUAUGCUCAAAGUUGUGAUAGCCGGUACCUUAAGUCACUAUGAAACUCGAGGCAUGAUCGAUGACAAGCGCCUGGAACACAUGCUGGCCGCGGGAAAACAAAUUCUCUACAAAACUCACCAAGAGAGUGAAGUCAGACAUAACCUAGGAAUGUCCCCAGACAUAUGGCAAGGCCUCACAGACGUCCUCACAAAGGCAAUUCCGCACCUCGAGUCGCAGUCUUUUGCUUGGAAGAGUACAGCAGCAACUUAUGAACACUCGUCAUCCAAUCUAAUUGCUUUCAAUUACUUUUCUUUAGUUAAAGAUAUCGAACGCCUUAAUGAUCUAUGCACCAUCGCGCGGAACUUACUCGCGACUACCAAAAAGGCACAAAACUUGGCAGCCGCAAAAGGCUUUGACCAACGAAUUCUUGCACUCAUUGAUACUUGUGUGCGUGUUACAGCGAGGGGAUUUGACGGUGAAACAAAUGCACGUAAUGAGGAGCGCUGGCAGAAGGUCGUCAACCUUUACAAGCGUCUACUCAUUACAUGCCUCCAAUAUCUCCAUAACUUCAUCAUGCACAACGAGCAAAGAAAGAUGGUACUUUGGCUGGAUCUUUUUGGCUACCACUCUACGGCAGACACAAACAUAAUCAAGCCAAAGGAGGCUCUGGACCCUGUGGCCCGACAAGAGGGAGUGGCGCCUAUUGUGAAGAUUGGCGAGCGUGUGAUAAACCCGCCAAUUCGGGCACUUUACGACCAGACUGCCGAAGAUCUGCUGCUGGAGACAAUCGCAAAAUUCCCUCGGGAACCCUCUACGAUCAAAGAAGAAGCAGCCAUGCUGCUUUUGGCAAACAUCAAGGAUCACAUGGAGAAAAUUCUGGGACGAGACCUGACUGACAUUCAAGAAAUGGGCCGAGAUCCGGAACAAGUCAAAUACAUUCGUGCUGCACUGACCUCCAUCUUGGGGGCGAAGGUUGAUGGUUGGUCGGAUCUUCAAGAUCGGGCCCGCGAACUCCCACCUGCCCUGCCGGAGGAGGAUGAGCAGGAGGCUACUAAAAAGAAAGUCAUUUUAACGAUUGACCGGAGCAUGACUGCUGGAUUUCCCCGCUUGUGCUGGGCUGACCUUCCUGAGGUCAACGAUUACUCGGUAGAUGCGGUUGUGACGGAGGAUGAUACAAGCAUGCCUCGAUCAUCUCUAUCUGCAGCUGAGACUUUGCAGGAGGCUAAAGACGAAUUGAUGGCCCGUCUACAGGAGUCAUCCCACAUCGGUGAUGCCGAUGCAGAUUACGAUACCGGUGAUGCCGGAACGGUGGGCGACGAAGACUCACAUAGUCUGGAAGGCCAUGCCGACGGAAGCAUCGAAGGCGACGAAGAUGAUGAUGGAGAUGAUGUCGAUGGAGUAGAUGAUGGCGGAGAAGUUGAUGACGAGGAAGAUGAUGAUGACUACCGUGGUCGUCCUGGCGAUCAACAGCGCGGUCUUCUGACCGAUAUUCCUCUUGUUCUCGGACCUGCUGAGAUUGAAGCCUUACCCAUGAUUAUUCAGGCUGGCAUUGUCGAUAGUUUCGGACUCAAGGGUGGUGAGCGAAACGGCUCACGCAAUAUGCAAGCAUUGAGAUGCCAUAUUCUUCUUGCGCAGGAGACUGGACGCAAUCUCCUCCGCGAGCUUCUAAUUUUCAUUGCUGCUUGGGACCUGCCUGAUGACGAACUUUACUUCAAGAUGAUGGUACAAAUUAUGGAAGCUGUGCUCCGCAAUGGACUCAUGUCGCACGCUUAUUCUGACUUUGGCCAGCCCAAAGACAUUAUCUCUCCAGCACAGGCAGUGGUGAUAAAAAUUCUUACGCACAUCUUCCGUGCAAAAUACUCACCAGCCUCAGUGACGGGCUCGGCCCAAUCUAGUGUUCCACGCACCCCGGUUCCACUCAGCCGGGUCGACAUUCUAACUGUUCGAUACAUUUUCACUAUCUUCCGUGGAAAUAUCAUUCCUGAGACUUGUGCCUUGAUAUAUCUACAAGGCCAGAUUCGCGCUGAGCGUGCGCUGGCAGAGGACUUCCCACUUAAUUUAUGGGACAUGGAGCGGGUAUAUGAGGGUGUUUACCAGUUCCUGGAGUUCUUCGCUGUCCUGACUGAGAACAACGACUGGAAGAAUCUCCUGGUGAAGUGGGAGAUUGUAUAUGACCUAGUGACGUUGAUCAAGGAACUGGAAGCCAGCAUUCCCAAGGGCCCGCUCAACCAGCUUUCGUUUGGUUCAGUGCCUCCGCCCCCACCCCCACCUCGAAGCACUUCGCCAAGCGAUCAAUCAAGACCAUCAUCCCCAACUCCUGUUGCUGUGGAACGGCCAUACGACCCCAGCGACCCCGAUCCCAUCGAUGGUGGGGUUGAAAGCGUUGACUCCCGCCCUGAGUCGCCCCAGAUCACCGAGGACCCCUCGGAGUUUGAAUGGCGCAAUCUCAAAAAGCUGGUUGUCCUGGUUCUUUCGUCUCUUGUGUGGAAAUGCCCUGAGGUUCAGGAGCAGAUCCGUCGCUACGGCGGUGUCGAGGCUAUUCUCUGCUGCACGGCUUUUGAUGCUCACAAUCCCUACAUUAAGGAGCAUGCUGUCAUGUGUCUAAAAUUCCUUUUGGAGGGUAAUCGCGAGAACCAGCGCCUAGUCGAGGAACUUGAGGCUCGGGAGGUGGUCAAAGAUGAUAGUGGCGUGUUGGAGAAGAAUGGCUACGAAGCUAUGAUCGACCAAACUGGCAAGCUUGCUAUUCGUAAUAAAGACGGAACUGAGUGA